UAUUGUCUUCUCUGUCACCACCACCAAACCUUUCUUCUUUAAUCUUUAUUUGCUCUGUUCUUGAGUAAAAACAACACUUUUGAUUCCUUUCUUCUUCUUUUUGGCGUGCGAAAAGACGAAAAGUCUUGAAAUUUCGAAACUUUGGUUGAAGAUUCAAGAAGAUCCAUUUUUCUCAGAACACACUUGAGAUUUUUUGGAUCUCGUCGAAAGGGUUUUAGAUGGGUGUGGCUCACUCUGGUCUUCACAAUGAUUUCUCUUCUUCUUCGCCGUCGUCUUGUUUUGGGGAUCGAAAUCUAUUGAAGCCUGGUUUAGGGGAUUUGCCAGAGGCUUGUGUGGCUAUGAUUGUUGAGAAUUUGGAUCCCGUUGAGAUCUGUAGAUUCUCUAAGCUCAAUAGAGCUUUUCGCGGCGCAUCUUGGGCUGAUUGUGUGUGGGAAUCGAAGCUUCCUCCGAAUUACAGAGUUUUUCUCGAGAAAAUCCUUGGUGGGUUCCCGGAAAAUUUGCAAAAGAGAGACCUUUAUGCUUGUCUCUCCAGGAUUAACUCAUUUGAUGAAGGCACCAAGAAGGUGUGGAUAGAUAAACGAACCAGUGGUGUUUGUCUAUCCAUUUCAGCUAAAGGAUUAAACAUCACAGGCAUUGAUGAUCGUAGGUACUGGAGUCAUAUCCCAACUGAUGAAUCUCGGUUUUCUUCUGUAGCUUAUCUCCAACAAAUCUGGUGGUUUGAAGUUGCCGGGGAAAUCGAUUUCCCACUCCCGGUUGGAACCUACAGCAUCUUCUUUAGGCUCCAAUUAGGCCGGUCGGGAAAGUGGUUUGGUCGACGGGUCUGUAACACCGAACAAGUCCAUGGAUGGGACAUUAAGCCGGCUCGGUUUCAGCUCUGGACAGAAGAUGGUCAAUAUUCCUCAUCUCAAUGCAUGUUAACCGAGAAAGGAAACUGGACUCACUACCAUGCCGGAGACUUUGUUGUCCGGGAAUCGAGUAAGUCAUCGACAAAGAUUAAGUUUUCGAUGACUCAGAUCGAUUGUACACAUACCAAAGGCGGGUUAUCUCUAGACUCUGUAGUUGUAUACCCUAGUUCGUGUAAAGACCAGUUGAAGCGGUUUUAAUGUUUCAACUGGAUCCGGGUUUAGUGAGAGGUUAAAGCAGGUUUUUUAGUGCAGUUCUUUAGCCUUCGAUAGAUGUAGUUAGAGCUUCUUUUUAAGAGAGCUUUUGUUAUGUUUUGUUUUGUCAACUUAAUUGAGUUUUGAAGCAAACUGUAAUAUUAUGUUGUGGCUAUGAAACUAUCUGUAAUAUUAUGAAACUAAACCAUCUGUUAUAAACUUAUAUUUACGUUAAGAA